CUUUUACACACAAUGCCAAGAAGAACAGCACAAGUUCUUGAGUCCAUCUAUCUGAUGAACACGGCCGAGAUUUUUAGAGAAUCCAUCAGGAUAAUCCUUCUUCAUCCUACUCAUUUCCAUUCCAUCUCCAUCUUUCUCUUCUCACCACUUCCGGUUUCUCUUUUCUUUUCACAUUUUCUCAUUCACCAUUUCCCUCAAAUUCCUUCCUCAACUGUAACAAUCACCGAUAAUUUAUUUGGACAUCGCCUGCCCAAUUUGCUAUCCAAAACAAUAGUUCACAUCAUCAUUUGCAUCCCUUCUUCCAUCACCUUCUCUCUUCUUGGAAGAGCUGCCACCGUCCAAGCAGUUUCAGAUAGUUACAAUGGAAUAAAUCUUGAUGGAAGAAGGCUAUUCAUGAGAAGCGGUUCGGCUUGGUUUAAGCUUUUCCACACAAGAUUUUGGGAGAUCCUUAUCAUACUAGGCCUCUUUGGAGGCUUGCUGGUUGGUUUAGCAGCAGCACCAAAGAUACUGUACACGUUGGGAAUCUGCUCAACAAAAUUAGGAUUCUGGGGUGUUCUUGGGUUCCUAGGCAUACCUUUCUGUGUGAUUUUUGCACAUGUAAUGGUCGUAGGGAACAUGGCAAACGUUAUAUCAGUAUUGGAAACAGAAUGUUAUGGACUUGAUUCACUAUGGAAAGCUAAAAAUCUUAUGGAAGGAAGACGACAAUCAGCUUUAGUUAUGGCUUUGUUGAGCAAUAUGGGCUUCAGGCUUGUUGAGUGUUUUUUUGAAUUGAGAAUGUCCAUGGGCAUCUGUAUGUGGGAAAUACCUGUCUUGAUAUCCAUGUAUUCCUUAGUACUUGUUUUUGAAACAGUCAUGAAUGUUGUAUUUUAUUAUGCAUGUAAAUCUUGAGAACAAAAUCUUCUGAUAAGGGAAUUUCUUUAAAUGAGCAUUCUGAGAGUACCGCCAUCGAGCCGAGAGAUCUGGUUAGUCGCCAAAGAAACACAACUUCUCCUUCACAAAUGUUGAGAAGCCAAUCUUUUUGUGGCUUCUAUGUUCCAGCAUAGUCAUGUUGCUCAUUGCUCUGGCUGUCAAUGGUUGAUGCAAGUUUCAUACACACCUCAUAUGAAACCAAUACUUAUUAUGGAAGCAUCAAAUGAACCUUCAAACGUGCAUUUGGUCUUUUCAAAGACAAAACUCUCGAAU